UUUCUAUCUUACGCCCCGACAGUUCCUCCAUCACUUUCCAAUCUUCCUGCGUUAUGAGCAUGCUGAGGCGCAAUUUGACUCGCCUUCGACGUUCUCUCCGAAUUCAGCAAGGCUGCGGACCGUACCAUGGAACUCCACUUUCCAUGCUUUCCAUCGAUAUCAUGCACCUUAUCCUGGAAAUACUUUCGGAAGGAGACUCUCGAACCGAUCUUUUGAAUCUCGCCUUAACUUGCCGUGCUCUUUGGAUAUUUACGCGGCAGUACAUUCCCAAAGACGUCACGUUAUACGCUCAUUCUAACGAUCAGACGUUCGUUCUCUUCCAGAAGUCAGUGAAUAAAGACCAUAGCUACGGUCGAAAUGUCCGGCAUUUGACCUUUACGACUGGCGAAAAGAGUUGUAAUAUAUCCGCCAGGAAGAUUCGAAAGCUGCUCCAAUCUCUUCCAGCAUUGCAUUCACUUGACUUGGGCGGCCUACCGUAUGACCAUAUAGUUCCAACAUUGUUCGCUAAGCCACUUCAAAUGAAAUACACGCUCAAGAAGUUAGAUAUACCCGGUGGUCUAGAUGUAAAAGAUGUGGCUGAAUUGAUCUCAUUCCCAGUCAUUCGGAAAUGGCGAUUCUGGCUUCUCGACGACUUCGAAUUCUACUCGAAGUUCCCCAAAGCAGCGACGGAUAUCUGGUUGAAGGAGCUCAGUUUUGAAGAUUCACAAAUUGCCUUCCCUCUUUUCGCGAACGUCCUUCGCCGAUGUCGGAAUCUUCAGCUCCUAGAGUGCAACCUACCCCUUCAGCGACCUUUGAAGGAGGCCGCAACAUCUCGAGAAAGAGAGAUGGAGACAUUCUCAGCAAUCAAUCUCGCCCCUUCGCUGAUGCAUGUCGCUAAAACUCUAACAAAACUACAACUCUAUGAUGACAAACAAAUUUGGAGGAAAUACGAUGGUUCACGCCUCGACCUUAGCAGCUUCUCAAAGCUAAAGAAUAUCGAUGUCCCAGCCAUGCUCUUCCUUGCGCCUAUUUCUCAAAAUAUACGCCGCGGUGGUGUCUACAAGCUCUUCCCACUGACUGCAGAAACCAUCAAGCUCAAAUUCCCCGCAAAUAUCGGCAUCUUCUAUUCCACAUCUAAUGGGAAACUCGAUGCUGAAGAAUACUCCCAAUUUCUCUCAACUGGGGUUGAUGCGACGCAGUCCGAUUGGAUCCAAGAAUUCGCGAUCAAUAAGUCCUUCAAGUUCCCAGGCCUACAAGAACUGAGUCUUCUCGAGAAUACCUCUUCCUCGGGGAAUCAAGCUUUCAAUAGUCAGAACUGGCUUCAACCUUACUGGAUAAGGGUAUCGUUUGACGAAGCGCAAAUACAGCUUAAAGUGUCUUUGAGGAAGAAUCUCAACAUAUGAGAGAUGAACGAAGGCUCUUGCCUUUUGUUAGAAUAUCCUUUAACGCCUUUCUUUACUCAGCAACUUACCGAGUUACACUCCACUGCAUUCGCACUAGGUACCGAUUGAUUUCUCUAGCAAUACGGUCAUCGAUUCUAAUGUCCCGUCUAAUCGAGGGAGCGCACAAGUUCCGU